CGGGAGCACUCGUUACUGAAAUGGGGCUAAUAGCAAGUAUUUUCGAUUCACUUCAACAGCAAGUUUUACCGCAAGUGACCGUUGUCACUUAUUAUUUACAAACGUUUCUAAGAAUAGUUGCUACCCUUUCAGCGAUUGGAUGGAUUUCAGCAUUUCUAUACGCUUCAUUUUACUACUACUAUGUUCCUGUUGUUGAGCAAGAGAGACCUGUCCACUUUCAGUUUAGGGUUUGUGAUUCAGGGGUAGGAAUGUGUUCCUUCCCUACAGCUAAUAUCAGCUUGUCUAAGGAUGGGGAAAAUCAGGUGUUUAAAGUAGGCCAGCCCUACAAGAUCAUUGUCGACCUUCAUGUUCCAGAGUCAGAUAGCAACAGGAAUAUAGGAAUGUUCAUGUUAGUUAUGAAGUUGUACAACAAACAUGGGGUGGUGGUGAAAACAUCUGGUAGAGCAGUAAGUUCAACCCUGCACUACAAGUCUGAGUUACUCCGUACGCUUGAGACACUGGUGUUUGCUCCCAUGUUCCUGUUUGGCUACAUCGAACAGAAACAGUUCCUGCAUGUCGAGCUUUUCCCGGAGUACACAGAUAGCGCUUUCAACCCAUCUGUAGGUCUGACGAUCGAGGUCGAGAGUUUUAAAGUGGAGAUCUACCAGGCUGUUCUUCGUGUGUUUGCCCAGUUCUCAGGCAUAAAGUAUUUUCUGUAUUACUGGCCUAUCACCUCCAUGGUAAUAGGCAUAGCCACAAACUUUGUCACAAUCAGCUCUGCAGUGCUAAUAUUUUGGUACCAAUUCCGGUUUCCAUGGAAACAAGAUGAAAACAACCCAGUUGUUCGGGUAAACCUCUCCAGAAACAGGAAAAGGGAAUCCCCAGUGAAACAGAAAAGAGAUACGGGUGCUAGUGGCGGCAGAUUGGCACUAGAGACAUUAGGCAGCCAUGACAGCAGUGACACAGAGCAACCAAGGGAUCCUGAGGAGACAAGUCUCUUAUCAACAGGAGUACGGACUCAACAUGAUACACAUACCCCAGGUGUUAGACAAAGAUUAUCCAGGCCCGCUGAUGUAACCUAAACUCACCCAAGCAUCAUUUGCCAUCAAUAUAAGUGGACAGAUUUUAGGAUAGGAACUUGUGUCUUCAUACAUGUGUAUUUAGAACGCUUCUGACAUUGAAAUGAAUACAUAUGAGAAAGUCAGUGUUAGAAUGAAGAAAGGAAAAAGCUGUGCCAUUAAAAUAUACUGAAGGUUUUGUGAUUUUAAAUUUUACUGAUCUCUGGAAAGAGACCGCAUUGUGUAUUGUGUGUUCUUGUACAUAACUGUAUAUUCAGAUGUAGCCAUGUUAUUUUAUGGGUUGUGAUGGUAACAUUGGACCAAUCUGGUGCUUCAUGUAAACCCAAUGAAAGUGCAAUACACUAGUAUUUUAUCAAAUCUGUUUUUGUAUUUUUGUUUAAUGAAUAAAUGUUUGUAAUGUA